GACUAUGUCUUCGUAUUCUCGUUGGCCAAACCUUGCUGCUGCGACUCAACACUAAAAUGCAAACACGACCUGGCCAGUAACCAACGCGCUUUCUAGUUAUACAGCCUAACGCAACAAUGACACAAGGUCACACAGCUCCUGAAGCUGCGCCGUCGGCGGCGGAAGUAAAGUCCAUUGAAGAGCAGCUUUUGGCUGCUGCCGCAGAGGGUAAUGCCGAAGAGGUGUCGCGGUUGAUUGAGCUGGAGGCUGACGUGGAUUUCCAGGACGAAGAGGGCGUGAGUCCGCUCAUGAGGGCGGCGGAGGGGGGGCACACCGCGGUGAUGGCGGCGCUGCUGCAGGCUGGCGCGCCUUGGAACGCCCAGGACUCCAGCGGCUACUGCGCGGGCGAGUACGCCAUGGGCAGCGGGCAGCAGGAGGCGGUGGACAUGCUGCUGGACUUCGCAGUGCAGGCGGAGCUGGUGCUGGGGGCGCUGCACAGGCGCAUGCAGGUGGGCUCUCCCUCGUUCUCGGCUGCGGCCAACAGCGACUACCUGACUCAGAAGCUGGUGUACCGGGGGGAGCAGUUGCUCGAUGCAGACGGUGAGGCAGUGAUGAUGGGCUGGGAGCGGCCGCUCAUGCUCCGACACGCAGAGGUCAUCUGCCCCAACGCCCAUCACAAGCACCAGGAGGAGGAGGCUGUGGCGGCGCAGGUGGUGGAGUCGAUUGAGGCCAUGGCGGUGACGGAGGCCGCAAAGGCAGAGGCAGGGCCGUCAUCGCAAGCCGCAGCGGCUGCUUCGGCGGCGGCGGGCAGCAAGCGGCGGAAAGGCGGUCAUGUUGUGAAUGUGGGCUUCGGCCUGGGCAUUGUGGACACCGCGAUCCAAACGCACUCGCCUGACCGCCACACCAUCAUCGAGGCCCACCCGGACGUGUUGGAGCACAUGACCCGCACCGGCUGGGCGGACAAGCCCGGCGUCCGCAUCCUGCGGGGCCGCUGGCAGGACGUGCUGCCGGAGCUGCUGGCGGAGGCGCCGUACGACGGCAUAUUCUUCGAUACGUACGGCGAGUACUAUGAGGAGAUGCGCGAGUUCCACAUGCACCUGCCCCGCCUGCUGGCCCGCGACGGCGUGUAUUCGUUCUUCAACGGCCUGGCCUCAGAUAACAUUUUCUUCCACAUGGUCUACUGCAGGCUCAUCUCGCUGGAGCUGGCGUCCAAGGGCCUGCAUACCGAAUACACGCCGCUGGCGGUUGGCGAGCUGGGAGACGAGGUGUGGCAGGGCGUGCGCAACAAAUACUGGACCUUUGAAACCUACUUCCUGCCGGAGGUUCGGCACGAGGCGCAGCUGGAGUCGGUGGCGGAAGGCGAGGGCGAGGGCGAGGAGGAAUGAGAAUGAUAGCAUGACACGCGUGACCGAACGCAUGGCAACUUGGCAAGGGCUGUAGGUGCAAGGUGUUGGAGGUGUUUUAGGGCACUUGUGGGGCCACGCAUGCGUGCGCUCGAUGACGGCGGGUGUGGCCUGCUUGAACAGGAGGAAGAGGUGCGGUGCGGUGCUGCGUCAAGUCCCAAGUCCCAGGCAGCUCAGGCCGUGGGGAACAGUUGGGCAAGGGGGCGAUUGGGACUGGGAAUUGUCCCGCCAUGUGA